CUGUGCAGCAUGGAAUUCAUAUGCAGAAGGUGGUGGUAUCUUCAGCUGGGCUGUCUUUUGAUGAAUUUAGUUUAUGGCAAUUUGGAAUAUCAAAAGGAAGCUCCUGCCAGCCUUGGUGAGAUUGAUCAUCAGUGCUGGGAAAUCUCCUCUCACAGGCUGGUGGAAAUGAAGAAACUCAGGGUAGCAGGUACCGUUAUUGCUCUUUGGGAAUUCAUGAUGUUCCUGAAGGAGUCAUCCAAACCCAAGCAUAAUGAUCUCUUCAACAAUUUAGCUCAGAACUUCUGGGACAUGUACAUAGACUGUGUGAUUUCAAGGUCUCAUGGAAUGGGCAGAAGACAAUUAGUAGCCCCUGAGCAUUUUUUAACAUAUCCACGGACUACUUCAGAAGGCUUCAGAAACCUCAACUGUAGGGCAAAGAGACAAGAGUACAGAACAUAUCUAAGCAAGGUGAUGUCGGCUUGAAGGUAGCCAGCCUGCUUUUCA